AUGGUGUCCCAGCUGAGCGCCCUGCAACGGGAGCUGCUGGGCGCCCUGCUCAGCUCCGGCGCCACCAAGGAGGGGCUGAUCCGCGCCCUGGAGGACAUGGUGCCCGCCGCCGGCUUCGGCGUCAAGCUGGAGAGCCUGCCGCUGUCUCCGGGCGGGCCCCCCGACGGCAGGGCCGCGCUGCCGCCGCUGGCCAACGGGCACGGCAAGGGCAAGCUCUCGGGCGACGAGGGCUCCGAGGACGGCGACGACUUUGACACGCCGCAGAUCCUCCGCGAGCUGCAGUCGCUCAACACGGAGGAGGCCGUGGAGCAGCGGGCGGAGGUGGAGAGGAUGAUCAGCGAGGACCCGUGGCGGGCAGCGAAGAUGAUCAAGGGCUACAUGCAGCAGCACAACAUCCCCCAGAGGGAGGUGGUGGAUGUCACCGGCCUCAACCAGUCCCACCUGUCCCAGCACCUCAACAAGGGCACCCCCAUGAAGACCCAGAAGAGAGCUGCCCUGUACACGUGGUACGUCCGCAAGCAGCGGGAGAUCCUCCGCCAGUUCAACCAGGCAGUCCAGGGUUGUGGAAAUAUGACAGACAAAGGCAGUCAGGAUCAGCUGCUGUUUCUCUUUCCAGAGUUCAAUCAGCAGAACCAGGGGGCUGCCCAGCUCGACGACGCCUGCUCCGAAACGCCCAGCAAGAAGAUGCGGCGCAAUCGGUUCAAGUGGGGGCCGGCCUCCCAGCAAAUCUUGUACCAAGCCUACGAGCGCCAGAAGAACCCGAGCAAGGAGGAGAGGGAGACCCUGGUGGAGGAGUGCAACAGGGCCGAGUGUCUGCAGCGAGGAGUGUCCCCCUCCAAGGCGCACGGGCUGGGCUCCAACCUGGUGACGGAGGUGCGGGUGUACAACUGGUUUGCCAACCGGCGCAAGGAGGAGGCGUUCCGCCAGAAACUGGCCAUGGAUGCCUACAGCUCGGGCCAGCCCCCGCACAGCAUGAACCUGCUGCUGUCCCACGGCUCCCCCCACCACAACCAGCCCAGCGCCUCCCCGCCCAGCAAAAUGCCAGGGGUCAGGUACAGCCAGGCGGGCGGCGAGGCCGUGUCCUCGGGGGCCAUCAGCCACCACGGCGGCGCUGCCAUGGUCACCACGAGCCAGGCUGUGCUGCAGCAGGUCUCCCCGGCCAGCCUGGACCCGGGCCACGCUCUGCUGUCUCCCGAAGGGAAAAUGAUCUCGGUGUCGGGGGGCGGGCUGCCCCCGGUGAGCACCCUGACCAACAUCCACAGCCUGUCCCACCACAACGCGCAGCAGUCGCAGAACCUCAUCAUGACGCCGCUCUCGGGGGUCAUGGCCAUCGCCCAGAGUCUGAACACCUCGCAGGCCCAGAGCGUCCCCGUCAUCAACAGCGUGGCGGGCAGCCUGGCAGCCCUGCAGCCCGUGCAGUUCUCCCAGCAGCUGCACAGCCCGCACCAGCAGCCCCUGAUGCAGCAGUCCCCGGGCCACAUGGCACAGCAGCCCUUCAUGGCCACGGUCACCCAGCUGCAGAACUCACACAUGUACACACACAAGCAGGAGCCCCCCCAGUACUCGCACACCUCGCGCUUCCCCUCGGCCAUGGUGGUGACGGACACCAGCAGCAUCAGCACGCUCACCAACAUGUCCUCCAGCAAGCAGUGUCCCCUGCAAGCCUGGUGAUGCUCCACACCUCGCUGCUUUUGCACACAGCAACGGGAUCUCCUUUUCCUCACCAUCCCGCCGGGAGCCGCCUGCCGGAGCAGCGCCCAGCAGCGAGCGAGGAGCCCGACACGGAGCCGGGCCCGGGGCUCCCUCUCCGGGGCUCUCCCGGUCCUGCCUCUCCAUCCCUCCACGCAGUGUUUCCAAGACGUGUCUUGGGGAUUGUUUUGCUGAAGUGUUUGCCUUGCAAGAGGCUCUCCCGAGGAACGAGGCACGGGCUGUGCUGGGAGCUGGCAGAAGGGGAAGAUGGAUCAUGUUUGAGUUGUACUCCUCCACUCGGACUGAGAGGGACCGGGUCUGUUACUUGGCGUUCGGAGGGAGGAACUGCAUGUGUUGUUGAACUGAGCCAAUUAACCUGUAAAUAUAGGUACAGUCUGCUCCAUCCUCCCCCCUCCCACUCCUAUACAUAGAGAUUUAUAUAAAAAAGAAGUAAAUUUUGUCCAAUGGAUGUAAACUACUGUAAUUAAGUGCAAUUCCCCCAUCUGUAUA